AUGCCUGCUUCUGCUCUCACAAAUCUUAAUUUUGGUUGUCCUAGAAGAUCUACAAGGUUCAAGAAUAUUCACACAAUUUAUGAUGAAGAUUAUGACAGGGAUCCUUCUACUUUUAAGAGGAUCAAAACUGAAGUCAUUGAUUCUGAACUAAGUGUUGGUUCUGUCAAUGACAAGGAUAGCGAACAAGAUUGUCAUGAUGUAUCCCUCAAGGAUCUCAGAACUCAGUGUAAAGCUAAGAAUCGGAAGACUUCAAAAAUCACAUUGGAAGGAUGUGGCAUUAAGAAUCAGGCUAAAACAGAAGAUGACAUUGAUCUUGAUAAGCCUCUUAUUGUAUUGAAACAGAAGAGGCCAAAAGCAUCUCCUGCUAAAGCAAAUAUAAAGAUGGAUGCACUAAGAUCUCCAUUUGCUGCGAAAGAGGAAGAUACAACAUCACAGAGAGAUGAGAUUCUUAGUUCUGCACAGAGCUCCCUGCUCAAAGCAACAAUGCAAGACCCAGUAUUAGAGAAGCUUGGAAGGCGAGUUGCAGAACUGGAGCAGUCUAAAGUUGUUAUUGAUUGUACUGAAGAAAUAGUUGGGGAGCAAAUGUGUUGUGCUGAAGUGAACAAUACAGCUGGAGCUCUAGCGAGCUGUGCAAAACCUGAUGUACUUUGUGAAAUAAAAACUGAAGAUACAAAUUACUCUGAAUUUGGAACUUCUAUUUGUUCCAUAAAGAAUCCUGAGCAUUCAUCCUUUGAGCUGCAACAAAAGCUGAUGGAGGCUGAGGGACAAUUGGAUUCAAUAGUCUGCUGUGGUGUAAGACCAAAGCAUAUGUUACUAGAUAUGGAAAUUGGAGAUACAGCCACUGGUACAUUCACCUUUGACAAGAGUAUUGACUUGGCUCAUCCUGCCAAUUUUGUUGCACAGGAUGGAAGGCUAGAAAGUAUAGUAUAUGAUGUUUUGAAUAAUAAUGCACAAAGGACGGCCUCUAAAAAUAAAUCUUCUGCUGGACUCCCAGAUACUGCUGUGAUUCAGAGCUCACUUAUUGACUUCACUGACAACUGUCCUGAAGACAAAAAGGCUUCAGAUGAUAAAAUUUCACCUCCCAAUAAUGUGGACUGGCCUUAUAAGUUAAAUUCUACAAUAGACUAUGACAUUUGCAGAUCUAUUAAUAAUGAUGAAGGAUCAGAAGAAGAAUUAGUGCCUCAACAUCAGUUAUACCAGUCGUGUAGUGAUAAGUUCAACCUUAGCAGUGUCAUGCCAGAGAUCUCUAAUGCUGAAGAAUCAAAACAAUUAUUAUCUGCUGGAGAUCAAAAUUCUUCUGCUACCUCUCUGGAAACUGAUGGGCGAAUUCAAAAGCCAGAAAUUUUUGUGGAUGAAGAAUCAAUUGAAGAACAUGCUCCAAGAGUAUUACUGUCCAAGAGAAAGAUUAUGUCACCGACGUCUCAGGAGAAGCUUUGCAGUGCUCUGACUGGUAUUGAUUUGUGUGAUGGAGUCCAAAGAUCGAAGAGCAAAAUCAUUAUUGAAGAUCGUGGCAAAAGUACAAUAUCAUUGCCUCAGCCAGCACACAUGCAAGACAGAUCAAUGUUCCGCACAGACAGGAGACUUAAGGGCAGGACUUCUGUCUCCCCUACAAGCAAAGGAGUUCUGAAGUCAACAGGAUCCCCACCCCAUCAACAGACAACUUGUUCUUGCAUGAGAAGUUCACCAGUGGUCUUAGACACUGAGAAAGCUGUUGAGUUUUCACAAAGGCAGAUGCAUGAUAUAGAAAAUAUAGCUGCAAAGCUUAUCAGGAGCUUGAAGCACAUGAAAAGUAUAGUGGACGAAAGUUUGUCAACAGAAGCAUAUUCUUUACUUCCUAACUUUAACAUUGCCGGGGUGAGACAUGAAAUGGAAUAUGCACUUCUCAUUCUAAAUUCUAGUAAAAUCAGAGCAGCCUCUGAGGAUGCAUUAGAAGUGGAGAGGACUACGAAGAAAUGGCUGUCGAUAAUGAACAAAGACUGCAGUCGCUUUUGUAAAAUAUUGAGCCUAGCAAAGAAGAGUGCUGUUUCUCAUCCUGAAGCACCUAGGAAACAAAGAAAAAUAAUGUUUGCAGAUGAAGCUGGAGGAAUGCUCUGCCAUGUUAAGGUAUUAUCCUUGUAUGUUGAGAUCAAGAGUCCAAGUAAGGCGGCAAAUUUUACAAUGUUUGCUGAGGCCACAAGUGAUCUUACUCCAGAAUUAGCCUCUGUAAUAAAAUUUUUGGUAUCCUGUUGCUCCAAAGUGCUUUAUUCUAGGGAACUAUUUAAGCUUGAGUAA